UCUCGUUUCCAACCAGACCUACGAUCCAGUCUUCAAAACAAACGAUGCGAACAGAUACGGGCAGACCAAGAAAAUUAUUUUAAAUACAUGAUCGGUCAAUACUACAACUCUUAGAUGGGACUAGAGGAGUUCUUCUAGAGCCGCCUCCGCUUGCAGUAUUGUAUAAAGAACAAAAAUCGGGCUGGGGAGGGGGUUGAUAGAUACGCCGAAGCUGAAAUCGAGAGGCGAACCCAGGAAAGAGGAGUAUUUUGUACACGGGACUUUCCCCCCCUUCGUCCCUAAAAAGGAGGGGGAAAAGUCACAUUUAAAGGCGUUAUUUUUUUUUAAACCGAGGAUUACAAAUAGGCUCGGGCGCCUAUCUCCGAGGAUAUAUAUUUUAAUUCAUAAAAAAAUAUGGCCGAGAACGUUCUGGACUCUGGCCCGCCUUCAGCAAAGAGGCCUAAACUGUCCUCCCCGGCACUAUCAGCCUCAGCCAGCGAUGGAAACGAUUUUGGCUCACUUUUUGACCUAGAGCAUGACCUCCCAGAUGAGCUAAUCAAUUCCUCAGAGCUGAGUCUGGCAAAUGGAGGGGACCUCAGCCAGCUGCACACCAACUUGGGUAGUGGGGGCGGGGCCAUCGGAGGACUUGUGUCCAGUGGCCAGGAUGCAGCAGCCAAGCACAAGCAGCUCUCAGAACUUCUCCGGCAUGGAUCCACACCUGCUACACAGCAACAGGGAGCAAUGGGCAGUCCAGCGGGAACCUCAAUGGGGCUGUUCGGUAAUAUGAAGGCUUCCCCAGGUCCCCAGGGUUUGGGCCCACAAGGGCAGCAACAUCUUUCUCCUCAACAGGCCACACUUAUGCAGCAACAGCAGCAGAUUCCCGGGAUGGUGGGCAUGAACAGGACUAUGCUCGGACAUCAGAAAGGUAAUGGACAGCAGCAGCCAGGAGGGCCCACUUCCCAGCAGCAAAGCUUGCUGGGAGGACAGAUGAUGAAUGGCUCGCCCAGAAUGGGACAUCACAAUCCGGGCAUGGGCAGCAACAGCAACCUGUUGGCAGAGGCUCUUCAGCAGCAGACAGCAGGAGGCCAGGGUGGACUGAGGGCACAGCAGCCUGGAGCAAUGAACAAGAUGGGGAUAAAUGCAGCUUCAGGCCCCUAUGGAGGCCCAUAUGGUCAGCCUGCCAGUCAGGGUCUUGGUGUUGCAGGGCUGGCCCCUCAGCUUCAGAACAAACCAGGUCUGCCCAACAAUCCGGCCCAGUUUAACCUUGACAAGAAACCUCAGCCUAUGCAAGGCAUACCUGGCAUGCAGGCUUCUCAGCCUUCCCCAGCAGGUGCUGCCGGAGGUGCGGGAUCGGCUGGCAUAGUGCCCAACACCCAAGGAAGUCUCGGCCCUGGAUCAGCCUUGACUGCAGCAGCAGUGGGAGGUGUACCUCCAACGGCUGACCCAGAAAAGCGCAAACUCAUACAGCAGCAGCUGGUGCUUUUGCUCCAUGCUCAUAAAUGCCAAAGGCGGGAGCAAGCCAAUGGGGAAGUAAGGCAGUGUAGCCUGCCUCACUGUCGCACCAUGAAGAACGUUCUUAAUCACAUGACUCACUGCCAGGCUGGCAAGUCUUGCCAAGUGGCGCACUGUGCCUCGUCCAGACAGAUAAUCUCUCACUGGAAGAACUGCACAAGGCAUGACUGCCCUGUAUGUCUACCUUUAAAAAAUGCAGGAGAUAAGAGGAAUCAGCAGUCUCUCUUGAGCUCUGCUAGUGUGGGGUUAAGUACUGCUUUGGGUAAUGUGACAGGUGGCCCACCCAGUGCCCCCAGUCUCAACACCCCAGGACAGAUAGACCCCAGCUCCAUCGAGAGGGCUUAUGCGGCCCUGGGCCUCACAUACCAGGGAAACCAGGCAACCCCUCAGCCUGUCCAACAAACACCACGUGCAUUGAACACUAUAGGAGGGAAUCCCUUGGGUGUAAACGGGGCAGUGGGUGGGCAGUCUCAGAAUCAGCAAUCUAACCUUCUCCAGGAUACAAUGCUGCAUCUGAACAUGAACUCAUCAGGUCUGAUGAAUAACAGCAAUGCUGUGGGUGGUGUGGGGUCUAUGCCUGUGGCCAACCCAGCUGCCAGUGCUGGCAUGAGGAAAGGCUGGCAUGAGGACAUCACUCAGGAUCUACGCAACCACCUGGUGCACAAACUAGUCCAGGCUAUUUUCCCGACUCCAGACCCAGCUGCACUGAAGGAUCGACGCAUGGAGAAUCUAGUGGCUUAUGCACGUAAAGUGGAGGGGGACAUGUAUGAGUCUGCGAACAGCAGGGCGGAGUAUUACCACCUGCUGGCAGAGAAGAUCUAUAAGAUACAGAAGGAACUGGAAGAGAAGCGAAGGACACGGUUACAGAAGCAGGGUAUGAUGCCCACUCAGCCCGGCAUGCCCCCAACUGGCCUGCAGCAAGGGCCAGCUGGGAUAGGUCAGCCAGGGCCACCCACAGGACUGCCACCUAGUCCUCUCUCAGAUCCUUUAAUGGUGCAGCCUUCUGGACCAAACCAGAUGAUGAACAGGAUGCAGAAUGCUGCUGGGAUGAAUCCAUUUAACCAUAUGGGAAUGCAGUCCAUGGGCCAGAGAUCUACACCACCUCUACCACUCGGCUCACCUCUUAACCAGGCGAGCAUGGGCACUGGGAGGAUGCCACAGCCGAAUGUUGCACAGAUGCGAAAUCAGUACAUGCCAAAAGGACAGUUUCCAGGUUCAGGUCCUGUUGUUGGUGCUGUGCCUGUUGACAUGCAACAUCCAGGAAAUGAGGGUGGUACCACUCAACAGGGGCAAAUGCCUACUUUGUCAUCUCUGCCAGUUGGCAGUCCAUUAGCCCAGCCUGGGUCUGCCGGAGGGGCAGGCAGCGGGCCCUCGGUUGGCUCUCUGGGUCCCAACAGCAUGGGUGGGGUCCCUCCAUCAUCCACCCCGUCACAGUCCAUUAGCCUCCCGCCUGUUCUCCAGAAUUCUCCUUCCCCAGCACGUAGCCGCACACCCACACCACACCUCACACCGCCUUCAGGCCUGUCCGGCUCUCAGACGCCCCAGCCACACACCCCUGGCCUACCCCAGUUAGCCAUGACCGGCAGUCAGCAGCAGGUACCUCCGUCCGCCACUUCUGACAAUGCCAUGCAGUCAUUAGGAGGAUCUCCUCCCUCUGUGCCUCAUUGUGGCCUCUCCACGCCAAACGCCAGCCAGCAUCCACGCACUCCUUUGUCUCAUAAGGGCUCUCUGCCAGUGGACGGCCAGGCUGCAACCCCUACUUCCGUCAGCAGUGCAGAUGCCUCAUUUCAGCAGGGCCCCUCAGACUCCACAUCCACCCUGGAGCUCAAGGAGGAGGUCAAACAGAAAGAAGAGGAAGAGGAGGAUGAAGAAACCACAGUGGGAGGACGAACUGGAAAGCAGGAAGACAUUAAAACUGAAGAAAAACCUGAGAUAAAGAAAGAGGAGCCUUUUAGUGAUGACUGUAAAGGUGUGCCAAUGGAGACAUCAUCUACAGAAUCUGGGAAGGACAAAAAGCCAGAGCUAAAGACUGAGCCUAAAGAAGAGGAGGCGGGUUCAGGGUCCACAGUUACCCACAGCUCACCUUCUGGAGUCCCUAACAAAAAGAAAACAGUUUUUAAACCAGAGGAGCUGAGGCAGGCCCUGAUGCCCACACUGGAGUCUCUUUACCGCCAGGACCCAGAGUCUCUGCCCUUCCGCCAGCCUGUGGACCCUUCACUACUUGGAAUACCAGAUUAUUUUGACAUUGUGAAGAAUCCAAUGGACCUGUCUACAAUCAAACGGAAGCUCGACACGGGUCAGUACCAAGAGCCGUGGCAGUACGUGGAUGACAUCUGGCUCAUGUUCAACAAUGCCUGGCUCUACAACCGCAAGACAUCACGAGUCUACAAGUACUGCUCCAAACUAGCGGAGGUGUUUGAGCAGGAGAUUGACCCGGUCAUGCAAAGCCUCGGCUACUGUUGUGGGAGAAAGCUUGAGUUCUCUCCCCAAACUCUGUGCUGCUAUGGGAAGCAACUGUGCACUAUACCACGAGAUGCUGCUUACUUUAGUUAUCAGAACAGGUACCACUUCUGCGAGAAGUGUUUCAAUGAGAUCCAGGGUGAGAGUGUGUCCUUGGGAGAUGACCCAUCCCAACCUCAGACAUCAAUCAACAAGGAUCAGUUUGAGAAGAAGAAAAAUGACACACUCGACCCUGAGCUAUUUGUGGAAUGUAUAGAUUGUGGUCGUAAGAUGCAUCAGAUCUGUGUUUUGCACAAUGACACUAUCUGGCCAUCAGGCUUUGUUUGUGAUGGUUGCCUAAAGAAGUCCAACAAGACCCGGAAAGAGAAUAAAUAUGCUGCUAAAAGGCUUCCACAAACCAAACUAAGCAACUUCUUGGAAGGACGUGUUAAUGACUUUCUGAAGCGACAGAAUCACCCAGAGGCUGGUGAAGUCUUUAUUCGUGUUGUUCAUGUCUCAGACAAAGUGGUGGAAGUCAAACCAGGCAUGAAGUCCAGGUUUGUUGAUAGUGGAGAGAUGGCAGAGUCUUUCCCAUACAGAACGAAAGCUUUAUUCGCCUUUGAGGAUGUUGAUGGUGUUGAUGUUUGUUUCUUCGGGAUGCACGUGCAAGAGUACGGCUCAGACUGUCCGCCUCCUAAUCAAAGACGGGUUUACAUAUCAUACCUUGACAGUGUCCACUUCUUUCAACCACGCUAUUUGAGAACAGGAGUGUACCAUGAGAUUCUUAUAGGGUACAUGGAGUAUGCCAAAAAACAAGGGUUCACUACAGGACACAUCUGGGCCUGCCCUCCUAGUGAAGGUGAUGAUUACAUCUUCCACUGUCACCCUGCAGACCAGAAGAUACCCAAGCCCAAGCGGCUACAGGAGUGGUAUAAGAAGAUGCUGGAUAAAGCUGUAGCAGAGCGUACUGUGCAUGACUACAAGGACAUCUUCAAACAGGCAACAGAGGAUCGUCUCACCAGCGCUAAAGAACUGCCCUAUUUUGAGGGGGAUUUCUGGCCUAAUGUGCUUGAAGAGAGUAUCAAAGAGCUGGAGCAGGAGGAGGAGGAAAGAAAGAGGGAGGAAAACAGCACAUCCAAUGAGAGUGUUGAUACAACAAAAGGUGAUAGCAAGAAUGCCAAGAAAAAGAACAACAAAAAGACAAGCAAGAACAAGACCAGUCUAAGUCGAGCCAAUAAAAAGAAGCCAGGGAUGCCAAAUGUGUCCAAUGACCUUUCACAGAAACUGUAUGCCACUAUGGAAAAGCACAAAGAGGUGUUCUUUGUUAUCCGGCUUAUCGCUGGGCCCAAUUCCAAUUCUCUUCCGCCCAUUGUUGACCCGGAUCCUUUGAUGGCAUGUGAUUUGAUGGAUGGCCGUGAUGCCUUCCUAACACUCGCACGAGACAAGCACCUGGAGUUUUCUUCACUACGACGAUCCAAAUGGAGCACUAUGUGCAUGCUGGUGGAACUACACAACCAAAGCCAGGAUCGUUUUGUCUAUACCUGCAACGAGUGCAAGCACCAUGUCGAGACUCGUUUUCAUUGCACUGUGUGCGAGGACUAUGACCUCUGCAUCACUUGCUACAAUACAAAAUGUCACGAGCACAAGAUGGAAAAACUGGGCCUGGGUUUGGACGACGAAAGUAACAGCCAGACUGGUUCCUCAAUGCAGAAUCCUGGAGACUCGCGCCGUCUCAGUAUCCAGAGGUGCAUUCAGUCCCUGGUGCAUGCUUGUCAGUGCCGCAAUGCCAACUGCUCACUUCCAUCUUGCCAGAAAAUGAAACGUGUAGUUCAACAUACCAAGGGCUGCAAACGCAAAACCAAUGGUGGUUGUCCUAUCUGCAAGCAACUAAUAGCACUAUGUUGUUACCAUGCAAAACACUGCCAAGAGAACAAGUGCCCUGUGCCAUUCUGCCUCAAUAUCAAGCAGAAAUUGCGGCAGCAACAGCUCCAGCACAGGCUACAGCAGGCUCAGAUGGUGCGCAGAAGGAUGGCCAGUAUGCAGAGGACAGGCCAGCAGCUACCAGGAGGCAAUGGUGGGCUGCCAUCUCCUGGGAACAAUAGUACUACUGGACCCAGCACGCCUACACCCAGCACUCAGCCCCCUACCCCACAGACACCAACUCAACAAUGCCAACCUGCUGUGCCCCAGUCUGGGGUUGGAGGUGUUCCAUCUCAACAGCCACAGCAAUUAGCAGGGAUGGCCCAUCAGUACCAGCAAAUGCCUGGAGGUGGUGGGAUGAUGAACUCCCCACAGCAGCCCUUGAUACCACAACAGCAGCAGCAACAGCCAACAUCAGUUCAGCAGCUCCAGCAUCCCAACAACCUUCCUUCAUAUGUACAAAGACCUCCUGGAUCCUCUCCACUUUCCCAGUCCAUGGGAAAGCCAGGCAUAGGGCAGAGCGGCUUCUCUCAACAGCAACAGUCAAACCUAGGACAGCCUGUUAUGUCGCAGCAUCAGCCAACAGGUCCCCCACCUGCUGCAGUAGAAAUUGCCAUGAAGAUUCAACGAGUGGCAGAGACCCAGAGGCAAAUGGCUCAGCAAAAUAUCCUGCAAAGAAACCAGGGACCAGGGAUGAUUCCUCCACAUGGCCUGCAUCAGGGUCCACAAAAUCAAAGCCAGAUGGGCAUUAACCUUCCUGGGUCUGGAAUGGUUGGACCUCAGGGAAUGCCAUCCCAGACACAUCCGGGAGUGGCUCGAGCUCACAUGGAGCAGCAGCAGGGAAUGAUUACAGCAGGCAUCCAGCAGCAGACUGGAACUCAGACUCCGCUCACUCAAGUCCAGUUGCAACAGGCUCAACAAGGAGGACCUCAACUUCAGGCUUCACAGCAACAGCAGCAGUGGGCUGGUUCUGGCAUGCCUCCUCAGCAGAGACCUGGAUUAAUGAACCAAAUGGGUCUGCAAGGAAUGGUUGCUCCCCAGCAACCACAGCAGAUGGUUAGUCAACAGCAGCAGCAGCAAGGGCAUUCUGGUGUAAUGGGUAUGAUGGGUGGCCAAGGAGGGGCCACUCCUGCAGGUGCUGGCUCUGGAAAUCACUCUCAGGCUGCCUUACAGGAACUCCUAAGAACCUUAAGGUCACCCAGCUCUCCCCAUCAGCAACAACAAGUCCUGAAUAUUCUACGUUCAAACCCUCAGCUCAUGGCAACCUUCAUCAGGCAACGGGUUCCCAGGUACCUUGGUCGAGGCGGGCCUGGAACAGGAGGUGCAGGUAUAGCAGGAGGACCCGGUGGAGCUCCAGGAGUCAUUGACGGCCAGCAAAUGAAUGUAAAUCCUGGGGCAGCUCAAGCAGGUAUGCAAAUGACACAAGGAACUGGCCUGCCGAUGAAUCAGCUACAGCAGCAGCAGCAGCAGCAACUUCCACAGCGGCCUAUGAUGGGUGGCAAUUUGCAACAACAACAGCAAAUGGCAGCUUUACAACACCAACAACAACAGCAACAAGGUGUUAUGUCCAGUCAGGGCGUUAACAUGUCUAACAUUUCCCCACAGUUCAGAGAGAUGAUGAUGAGGAAACAUUUGCAGCAACAGCAGCAACAUAUGGGAAACCAUGCUCAGUUCCAGCAUCCACAACCACCCCAGCAGCAGGGCUAUCUUGGCCAAUCUGGAAUUCCUCCACAGCAGCCUGGCCAACCUCAGUCUGGUGGUCUCCAGCACCAACAAGGUGGAACCCAAUCUGGGACACAGCAGAACUACUCUGGGUCUGUGUCCCAUCAGCAAGUUGCAGCUCUUCAACAGAGGUUGCAGCACCAGCAACUUCAGAUGCAGCAGCAACAACAACAGCAGCAGCAGCAGAAUGCUAUGGCUGGGCUCCCAGGUGCUGAUGGAGGUCCUGGAAGUGGUGGUCCCCUCCAUCAACAGCAGAUGCAAUCAGCUCAAGUUGGUUCACAACCCUCAGCCAUGCUUUUGCAGCAAAGGAUCCUCCAACAACAGCAGUCACACCUAGGAGCAGGAUCUCCUGCUCACCACAACAAUCCCAUGAGCCCUCAGCAGCCACAGCAACAGAUGUCACAGUCUCCCCACUUGCCGGGUCAGCAGUUAACCACUUCCCUUAGCAACCAAGUUCGCUCACCCCAGCCAUCGCCUCGUCCCCAGUCCCAGCCACAAAAUUCUAGUCCAUCUCCUCGCAUGCAGCCCCAGCCGUCACCCCAUCGCAUCUCUCCCCAGAACCAGACAGGGUCCCCUCACCCAGGUCAUCUUCCUCCACACCACACUGGCAUGGUUGCCCCUCCACCUCCACAACAACAGCAGCAGUCAUCACAGCAGCAGCAACAGGCUAAUGCUAUGGACCAAGGCCCAUUUGGAGCAGACCAGAGUGCAAUGCUUUCACAGCUAGGUGGGAUGGGAGCCUUGCAUGGGCAAGGGACAAGUGACAUGCUGACUAAUAACCAAGAUUUGGGGACAAACAUAAAACACAACUCAUUAGACUUAAUGUAGUUGCAGUGCUCGAACUGUCCUGAUUGCCAGGGAUUGGUAGCAGAUUGAAUCUAGGAUUUACAAUGGAUGUCAUCAUUAUUAUUAAUAUUAUUAUUAUUUUUCUUACAUAAUUGAAAAGAACUGAACUUCCUAUGGGAGAUACUACAUGUACAAGUCAACAAAUUAAAUUAAAUGAAUGGUAAGUUAUUGAUGUUAAUAUAUAAAUAAAUAAAUAAAUAAAUAUAUUUUGCCAAUUGUGUUCAAAGGGUUAGGGGUUUAAGGAUGGGAAAUAUUUCCUCUUGGUAUAUGACCAGAAAUAUUUUAGGGGUGAAGAUGUCUGCCUUUAUAGAUAUUUUCUAAGAUUUUAAAAGUGGCAUAAAAUUAAAAAGCAUAACGAGUAAACAAAAUGGACUUUUUUUUUUCCCUCAAGAAUGUUUGAUCCAUUUUGGAAAGUAUUAGAUUUAUUCCCACCAAUGUUAUGAUUAUCAUAAUGGAAUUGGUAAUAACUGUUAUUUAUUACUCAGCUUUUUUUGGUUGGCUAAUAGAUAUUUUCUUUUGUUUUGAUCAGUUUAUGGCAUAUGCUAUUUGAAACUGCUACAAUUCACAAAGAGUAUAUUUUUGUUAAUGAUAGAACCCGACUGUAAAUGGAUGAAUUUAUAUUCUUCUUCUACUUUUUGUAUUUCUUUUUUUUUUCUUUUUUUUUUUGGGUGGAUGGGACUUAAAUGAAGUUUUGAUAGUGUUUGGGAAAUAAGUAUUAUUUUUUCCCCAUGGCUUGUUGCAUGGGAAACAUCUGUCCUCCUAUGCAUGUCAGAUUUCCCUCCAUCAGACACUCAGUCCCAUGAAUGUGUUCUCACUAUGCCCUUCUCAACAAUGGAACCAUGAAAGUACUGAUGACACUACAGGUGUGCUCAUUGCACAGCGCAGUGAUCUCUGCAAAGACUGCUGUGGUCAAAAUGCUGUUCAGGGUUGUGGAUUUUGCAAAUAAUCCCAAACUAUCCUCUGUCAGUUCCGACUCAUUGUCCCGUCUUUCCUCCAUCUCUUUUCGAAGUGUGUUAUUCUGACAUUUCCCAUGAAUCUCUAUUGUUCUGAACUUUGGGAUAUAAGUGAUCUCCUUAUUGUAUAAAGAAAAACUUUGAACUGAAAAUAAAUUACUGAAAAAUGGUCUUUGUAAAAAAAAAAAAAAAAAAAAAAGAUAUAAAUAUAUAUGUAAAUGGAGUUAGAUGGACAGAUCUUUCCCCCUUGAUUUAAGCUUAUUUGUGCUAAAGAAAUAUGGGCAGCUUAGAGUAGGCUCAACCUGAGAGAUUUUGAUACAUAAUGAGUGCAAGUCAGAGAAGCACCAAUGCGCCUUUGUAUGUGUACUUAAUUUAAAAGGUUUUCAUUAGUGUGUACUAAACCAAUUCUGGCUGUCAUAGUCUCCAUCCUGCACACAAAUAUAGUGCAAAAGAGACAAGUUGUUGGUUUUUUAUAUUAAGAAGGUGGAUGGUCUUUAUUGUAUUGUAAGAUAAAAACCCAUUGAAUUAUUGAUUCUUUCUGAAGUUAGUUAAAGGGGUGCUGGAUGACCACACAACAGUGGUAAUAUGGUUUGAGACUUAUUUUAUAAAAACAAGGAGAACAAAACACACACACACAUUAUUUUUUUGCGAUUAAAGAACUUGAAGCAAAAGUUGAUAUUAAAUGACACUUUUUCAAAGAUGUAUUGAUGAUGCAAAAUACACUGCUGUCAUACCAUAUACAUCCCUCUUUGGGAAUGCUGCGAAAUAUGGCAUUUUGAGGAAAUGUCUUAUGCGUGCAUAUAGAAGUAUAUACAUUAUGAUUCACUGUACAAACAAUGGCAACUGAAAUCUUUGCUUUGAUCUAAUUUUGUUUUUAUUUCUUUAUAAAACAGACUGGAAAAGAAACCAUACAACUUUUUGGUUACUAGUUUUGACCACUUUUUUCUUGCUAACUCUUUGGUGCUUGCUAAAAGGAGUAAAAAACUGUUUUCAGUAGUUUACUGAUUGUUUUUUGUUUUUUUAAGUUAUGGUGUUCUGAUUUUUUGCCAAUUAUUUAAUUGUACAUUAAAAUAUGUUUGUACUAUUCAAAAAUAA